UGGACUUCAUGCGUUUUGUUUUCUGCUCGACUAAGCCAUAGUCGUGAAGAAGGAGGAGCCUGACUGUGUGACAUUCAGCACACCGCUCCUAUCGGCCCUAUGCUCUCAACCACAUUUGAUAAGAGAUGGACUGCAUUAUUUUUCUUCUUCGUCCGGUGAUUGGGUUGGGAUGUUACCGACUAUAUCGAUGUCCCUUUACGUCAUGUUUUCAAGUGAUUACCAUGUUGCAUUGUAACACUAGGUCCCAAGGCACCUGCUGUGUGGAUUUUUCUAACCAUCUUAUCAAUUAAAGUUGUUAUUCAGCAUGGACAGCCCCCUUAAACUUUCUGGGGAGACCUUAAUUGUUCACCAUAUCCCACUUGUGCACUGCCAGAUCGCAGACAGGCAGUGCUGCAGCUCCAUCAAGAGAGCCAACCCAUUCUGCCAGCCUGAUUUAGGACUGACUCGGACCACCUCCUUGCCUGAAAGGGAUGUUUUGCUGAAAGAAGACCUGGUUUAUAGCAGCUUGAUUAAGGCAUCCAGUAGUGGUGGUGGAGACAGUAAGUUAAUUGAUUCCUCUUCGUUCUCGUCUUCAUAUAACUUGGUAGAAACCAAAGUAAAAGAGUAUGCAGGGAAAGGAAACCAUAAGCAACGCUACAAUCCUUUUCUUCUAAACGCAAAAGAUAAAAAACAAUUUGAUGGCUACCAGGAAGACUCCUCCUUUCAUCUUCAUGUUAACAGCAAUACUAAUACUGAUAAGCACUCUUCCUUUCAUUUUACCCCUCACUCAUUUCUUCUACAUGAAAACAUGGAAACUUCCCUUAGGUCUGCGACUGCUAUUUCACACAGACUUGGUGCAGCUGAAGGCCGAGAAAGUGUUGGGUGCAAUUUAAUGAUGAACAAUCCUAACUGCUGCAACACAAAAACAAUGGAACGAUUAGUGGAAUGCUUGGACCUCUCUGGUCAUCACUGUCAACAACGUAAUGGGAGUAGUGGCUCCACUCUCUCAAUGGACUGUGGGGAACAGGAGUGGAAUAGCAGCCCUCCUGAGGAAGAUGAUCAGCUGAGGGAAGACCAACAGAGUCACCCCUGUAGUUGCUGUUCUAGCAUGGACUUUAAUCAUCCACCUUCUUCUGCAAAUCGUUGCCGCUGCUGCUUUUAUAGCUUUUCUGAUCCUUCUGAAAUUAAUGAUGAGCAGAUGGGCUAUGUUAGUGACUCUUCCUGCAAUAGCUCAGAUGGUGUGCUGGUUAACUUCAGCACAAUUUACAAUAAAAUGAAGAAUGAUGUUCCUUCGAAAUCUCUGAACAUGAACUCUGAAGAUCAAUCCUGUGAGUCCUCUAUCGGUAGCCACUCAGAACCAGGUGUAGCAUUUUACCUUGACUUGCAUACUUCACCCUUAGAAUCCCAGGGAGGAUGUUCUCAGGGGUUGGGUGGUUUCAGUAGUGGCUUUGAUCAUACUAGUAACUAUCAGCAAUCUCCAGACACCUUGGAUGCCAAUUGUAAUUCCUAUCACCUUAAUUGUGAAGCUGGUCCUGGCUUAUCAGAUGGGUCUGAUGUGACCUCUUGCUUCCAAAGCCAGGCACGUUUAGUAGUGGCAACCCAGAAUUAUUAUAAGCUAGUAACCUGUGACCUCUCUUCACAAUCUUCUCCUAGUCCAGCUGGAUCCUCUAUUGCCAGUUGCUCUGAUGAGCAUAACAAGAGCAGUCCUAGCCAGCCUACUGAAUAUUAUCUGUUUCAAAAGCCUGAGGACAACGAGCAAGGAAAAUGGUUUGAGCAACAGGGAGACAGUAAGGAUGAUGAGACCAUAGAGGAUCAAAUGGCUCAUAGUGUUAUUGAAGGACAGGUUUAUAUCAAUGUUUCUCCUCCUAAUAUGCACAGCACAGGGCGACCACGCUCUAGGAGCUAUGACCGGCACCUGCAUAAAUCACCAUCUCCUCGCCUUGGGUCUUUGGAGCGUAUGAUGAGCUGUCCAGUAAAGCUGAGUGAGAGUUCUUCACACUUCUCUCACCACUCUUCCCCACCCCGAAGAGUCACAUCCUUUGCAGAAAUUGCACGUAGUAAGAUAAGGAGUAAUAGUUUGAAUGGAAGCUCUCCCCCUCUAAGGAAGAGCAGUGACUCAUCAUCCCAAGACAUUACACCAGUGUCUGAUAUUCAGCUAUGCAUGGGAGAAUGCCACAGUCUACCACCCAUGCCCUUAUUGCACUGCUACAACCAGGGAAACUAUGAUCUUGAAUCUGCUGCUGGAGGAUCACCAUUGCAUAGAUUUAUUGAUAAAGAAAGCCCCCAGCCCCCUGUGAUGUCUGCAGAGCCUAGUCUGGAGGUUCGCACCAAAGCUGAAGGAGGUUCUAUCAGUGAUGGAAGGGCAAUUAUACGUUACAGCAAAGAGCAGCGCCCCACCACUUUGCCAAUCCAGCCGUUUGUUUUUCAACAUCAACUCAGCAAACCACAUGCCAAGCUACGUCCAUUGCUCAGUGACUACAUCAGUCAAAUGUACAACCGUCCUAUUGGCCAGCCAGCAUCUGACAGUGUCAUGCAGAGGGAGGACAAAGAGGAUGGAGUGAAGAAGACUAGUCCUGAUUCAGUUCGAUUGUCCCCUCUGGGAAGCUAUUCACCAGUGCAUAAUGGUGACUCCAGCCCUGAAACCUGUUCAACUUGUACCCCAACACCUGACAGAUCUAGUAAACCACCCCGCAGUCGUUCUUGUCCUGUCUCUGCCAGCCUCCUCCCAAUCAAAGUUUCACCAGAGGCUAGACAGUUUGGCAAAGCUAAUGCUUAUCAUAAUGGAGAUCAGUGCAAAGAAAACCCCUGCUCUCAGAAAAUACAGCAAGGGGGUCUGAUUGACUCACCAACAAAGGAACAACCAUCUCUGUCAGAGAAAGUUAGUGGGUACUGCCUGCAUGAAACAGCUCGACCUGCAUUUUCCCCAUCAGCAUUUAACUCAUUGUCACAGCUAAACCCACAACAGAAGUACAUUAAAAGUGAGGGCAUCAAAGAAGCAUACAGACAAAGCAGUAUUCCAGUUCGUCCUGCAAAUGGCAACAUGGACCUUUGGUUUGAGCUGCAUGCGGUGUCACAGCAUGGACCUUUGGGGAUUCGGGGAUUCCGUACAUCCGGAUUCCGUACAUCCGGGGAUGCCGGACAUCCGUUACUUAAAAUAUUGCCAAUAACUAUAAAUCCUGAAAUAAAGGAGCACUCAACUCAAACAUGGAACACUGUGUUUCUUCUGUAUUUUCACUUUCUCUUUCUCCUCUGUCUUUUUUUCUUUGUCUGCUGGUCAUACUUUCAACCUAUAGCUCAUCAUCUAUCGCCACAGGCCCUGAAAUGGCGUGAAUAUCGGCGUAAGAACCCUCUGGGCCUGGAGCGUUCAGUAGCUGUUCCUCUACUUGGCAGUGUGGACUCAAGGAGGCCAGAGAAUAGAGUAACUCGGCGCAAUGUAUUUGAUUUUCCACCAUUGAUGAACCAUGGCCACUCCAAACUGAAUGGUCAGUCAAUGAAACAACUACAGAACUAUUAUAGUGAUUUGUUUCCUGAUUAUUUCUCACUAACUGAAAAACCUCCUGAAGAGUUUUGUCUAUCUCCAGAUGCAGCCACUGAGUCCAUCUCCAUUGACAUUGUACAGAAAAGAGAGCUUGUCAAGGCCAUGAACACUGCAGUGGAUCUGAUUGUUGCUCACUUUGGAAAUAGUCGAGAUCCUAGUGUAAAGGCCAAACUUGGAAACAGCUCUGUGAGUCCUAAUGUGGGUCACCUUAUAUUGAAAUACCUAUGUCCAGCCAUCCAUGCUGUGCUUAGCGAUGGUUUGAAGCCUUUCAUCCUUGAUGUGAUUAUUGGUCAGCGACGUAAUGUUCCCUGGAGUGUUGUGGAAGCUUCUGCACAGCUUGGUCCCUCUACCAAACUUCUGUAUAGUCUGUAUGGUAAGAUCAGCCAGUACUCAGAACUGACCAGUCACACCAUGCGCUUUAAUGCCUUUAUCUUUGGUCUUCUGAAUAUGAAGUCUGUGGAAUUUUGGUUCAACCACUUGUACAACUGUGAAGAUGUGGUGACUACUCAUUACCACCAGUGGGGUUUCUUACCCUUGUCACAGGGAGUGUGUCAUUUGCUAUUUGAGGAGCUACUUCUGCUUUUACAGCCACUUUCUUUGUUGCCUUUUGACCUGGAUCUUUUGUUUGAGCACCGUCUGCUGCAGAAGUCCCAUGAUCAUUUCCGUCGCAAGGAACAGCUCUGCCUAGCUGGCCAGGGCUUAGAGCAGUCAGUCAGAUCCACAUUUCAGCUUAUGAGAGGGUGGGGUGUGGGAUCAGUCCGAGAAGUAGUAGAUGCUCAUAAGGAAAGAAAAGGACGCAAUAACAGUUUUGUAGGGAUAAAGGCAGAGACUAAAGCAGUCCAUGGAGUCUUUUUUAAUGGGGAGAAAGACAAGUGUAAAGGAAUUGCAAGAACAGAAGUGGACACUUUGAGGGAAAUUGAACCUGAUCUGACAUAUCUUAGAGAAAGAAGUAAAGUUAUGGCUUUAGAAAGAAAAGCUGGUGAGGAAAAUGGAGUCAGACCAAAAGACAGAAAUGCUGGAUGGUGGUAUCAGUUGAUGCAAAGCUCUCAAGUAUAUAUGAAUAAUAGUUCAGAGAGCUCCAGGUUUGUGAAGUCAGAGAAAAGAAAAAAAACAAAUGGAUGUGGCCAACCAUCACUUACGACAGUAGAAGAAGUGACAGACAGACAAAUUCAUCCACCACCCAGGGAAGGUGUUGUAGAGGGUGCUGAAGCUGGUCCCAAUGCAAAUAUAGAGAAAGACAAAGGAAGUGGUGUGGUCUUCACAGAAAAAGGAAAAGCCUCUUGGAUGGGAAGUCCACCAGAAUCAGUGCUGAACGACUUAAAAAAAAGCAAAGAGAAAGAGUUUGUUAAACAAGAGAACAAAAUUCCCGCUGUACAUAUGCAUGUGAACCAAGAGUUGUUAGCUCAACGGAUACGCUGGGGAAGACUCUUUGGAGCUGAUCUAAGCACUUCCCACAAGAGAGAAAACUUGGAGCAUCGAACAUCUAGGGGAACUAAAAGCAGGUUACCUUCUGGAUGGCUCAACCUGGAGAAAUCUGUAUUAGAUUUCAUGACAAUAACAGUGGGGACAGGGAAACAAAAGAAUAAGACAUUUCCAUGUUCAGAGGCACAACACUAUGUGGAGCUACAAGACCAUGUUGCAAAGCAAGAGAUUUACUGGGAGGUAAGGGCUCUUUGUCAUCACAUUGCCACUGAACCAGGACAGCUGAGCUUCAAAAAAGGAGAUGUGCUACAAGUUCUGGGCAAAGCAGACCAUGAAUGGCUCCAUUGCAGGCUGGGAAGUCUUUCUGGUUUAGUACCCAUAAUCUAUGUAACAUUACCGGAAGAGCAGGACAGCUGAAAACAGACAAGAGCUGGAGAUGUGAAUGGAGGAGGGGACUUUGUCAGGUCUGCACUGCUAUAUAAGUGAAUUUCAUACAAGGGUUGUUGCACAUCGGCAAGACUUCACAUAACUUAGAGUAAACUAUCACGAAGGAAGCAGACACUUACAGAUUAGAAUACCCAAAAGAGCUAUUGCUCCUUCAACUAAACUUCAACUUCACAACACUUGCACUUUGGAUAAGUUUGCCUUUGGUGGCCCAGAUUUGAAUAUAAAAGGAUGCAUAAUGUUAAUUUGCUGAACAGCAUUCUUUGCAACAGGAGCUGUACACUACUUACCACACAAAACUUAAGCUUUUAACACAAAAUGAUCACGAGCACAUAAUACUUGGUGGAGAAUAUCAACUUCAAUCUAAUAGAAACAUCUAUAUUGUUAUCAAUGAAGUCUAACCUGAAGCCACUUGCUUUUAUUCAUUUCAAAGGGAGUACAAAUGUAAAACUGAAAAAAUAAAAUGAAGGAAACUGUGACAAAUGGUCUCCUGUGCACAUAUUCGAGGCUAUUUGCAUUCUCCAUUUCAAGAUCAGAGCAGAUGGAGUGGAUCUACAACAUGAAGAGCAUAUAUUAUUGAUGUGGAAAUCCUCAAAAGCUGAACUUGGAUUUAUCACUGAAAAACUUAAUAGGAACCUUGUGCAUGUGUCCAUGCUUCCUGCAUCCCAUUAUUGCUAUAAUGAGGACUUACACACUCUGCUUGGGGGUUCAAGGAAAAGUAGCAAAUACACAAAAUUGUGUGUUGCAUUUACAGUAUUAAUUCCUUAACAAAGUGUAGUUAUGAGCAAUACAAAAGUCAAGGUUGUAAACAAAGAUGUCAAGCAAAGGUUUGUUAAUCUUAGGGCAGAGAAAUUAUACAAUAAAUAAUAAUAAUACAAGGCAAGUAACAGGUAAUGAACUUCACUAAAUGAUUGGAUGGAUAGAUAUAUACACUGAUCAACUACAAAAUUAAGACCACAAAUAUUGUGACAGUCCACCUUGUGCUGCCAAAACAGCUCUGACCCAUCAAGACAUGGACUAUACAUGAUCUCUGAUGGUGUCCUGUGGUAUCUGGCACCAAGAUGUUAGCACCAGAUCACUUAAUGUAAUGAAUUAUUAUUAUUAUUAAGUCCUCUGAGUUGUGUAGUGGGUGCUCCAUUGUUUAGACUUGUUUUUACAGCACAUCCCAUAGUUGCUCAAUCGGAUUGAGAUCUGGGGAAUCUGGAGGCAAAGUUAACACCUCUGUCAUGUUUCUCAAACCAUUCUUAAUCAAUUUUUGCAGUGUGGCAGGACAUAUUAUACUGCUGAACUAGGCAUCUACCAUUAGGGAAUACCAUUGCCAUGAACGGGUUUAUGUUAUCUGCAGCAAUCUAUAGGUAGGUAGUAUAUGUCAAAGUAACAUCCAAAUGAAUGGUAGGACCCAAGGUUUUCCAGCAGAACAUUGCCCACAGCAUCACACUGCCUCCACCGACUUGCCUUCCUCCCAUAGUGCAUCCUGCUGCCAUCUCUUCUCCAUGUAAAUGACUACCACAUAUCUUCUUCCAUUGCUCCUUAGUCCACAUUAGAUGCUCACAUGCACAUUGUAGGUGCUUUUGGUGGUGGAAAGGAGUCAACAUGAACACUCUGACCAGUCUGUGGCUAUACAGCCCCAUGCACAGCAAGCUGCAAUGCAUUGUGUGUUCUGACAUCUUUCUUUCAUGCCCAGGAUUACAUGUUUCAUCAGUUUGUCCUAUAGUAGAUCAUCUGUGGGAUCGGUCCAGACAGUCUAGCCUUUGCUACCCACAAGCAUCAGAGAGCCCAAUUUUCUUGCUUCUAAUACAUCACCUUCAAGAAGUGACUUUUCACUUGUUGGCUAAUAUGUCCCACCACUUGUCAGUUGCCAUUGUAACGAGGUAAUAAUUGUUAUUCAUUGCACCUCUCAGUGGUUUUAAUGUUGUGGCUGAUCAGUGGAAACAGAUUGCACUUCAAUUAUCCUCUAGGGGAAAUUAAGACUUUACAGAAGCUCAAGUAAAAUAUAAUUAUUAUGGCAAACCUCAUCCCAUCAAACACACACCAAACACACAGAAGAACUUUUCUUUUUGAGUAAGGAUGAGAGCUGUUCCCUUCUAACAUUAAGCUAACAAGUAAGAAUAAGAUGGAUCAGGUUGUGGUCAGAUCAUGGAAGCUUGUCCUUGUUCCAUCCAAAACAAUGGUUGAAAUCGUCCCCAUUCCAGGGCCAUAAUGAUUCAUCAUUAAGGCAUUGGUAACAGAGUGAAUCAUGUCUGUUGCUGAGAGGAAGGAAUACAAACAUUAAUUGGGGUGAUGUAAACUUUCUUCCUAGGCAGUAGCAUGUACAAAUUUGGACAAACAGUAUUUCAAAGUCUGGAAUAUAUAAUUUACUUAUAAUUGUAAUGUGCUUGCUUUUGCACCACUGCUCAUUCACAGAGAUGGUCAGUCCCUCUCCUGCCUUUUUCCACUGAAUUUGAUCAUAGAUGAUGAUAUCCAUCCAGCAUUAAAAUAGCAUCUGCAGUAAUUUGUUUAAACUAGUUCUCCGCAAUACACAAAAUGCAACAGUACUUGAAAAUUUUGUGACUCGCCAUGAGAUCUUAUAGGUUAUCCAACUUUUUUGAAAGUGAUUGAACAUUCAUCGUUACAUGGAAGCAGGCCAGAUCUGAAACCUUUCCUUCUUACAUUUGUCCUCGUUUGUGGCUGUUCGCCCUUUCCAUUUUCAGAUAAGCAGUUCUUCUAAUAAAGUGCAACAAGAGUUUCUUACACACUAGCAAUCUCAGUGCUACUAGUUGGCUAAAGGAAUACAUAACAUACCCCACUUUACUUCUCAGAGUCUCUUACUUUCUAAAAUGUUUCAAACAUAAGGUAGUCUUCAAAGCCCCUUUACUCUCCCUGUGACUUCUCCCAAGUUUGCAGCUUUUCCAAAAGCUAGUUGAUAAGGCGAUGCUCGGAUUUGUGAUGACAGCGGCAUAUCUUCAAUUUAAUAUGCCCUUCUAAAUUUAUAAUGACAAGCUGGAUGCCAGAUUACAUCUAAUCUUAACUUUAAAUAGUGUUAAAUGAAAAUGUGUAUCAUAAGCUAGCAAGUACAAAGGAAAACAGAGCUUCUGUAAAUGCUGCUGUUUGUAUGGCUCCCAGAAGUGAGAAUGAAGAAUGAUUGUGUAAGAAUGACCCUUGAGUUUAUCCUGAAGGGAAGAAGGUUACAGGUUAUGAAUUUUAGCAGACUCAAGCACAGACUAAUGUAUCACCCACGUUUGUGUGGUAUGGCCUUCGCAUUGUUGUUUAAAUUAAGUAAAUUCUUACGCUGUUGACAAAUAUAUCAGAACUCUAACCAGGUGGUGGAUGUCAGUAUUUACGAACAUAGGUGGCAAUACUUUAGUCUUUAAGUACAAGCUGUAUAGUCACUUAAUUAAAAUAUAUAGCAAAGCAGGUUCCAAUAGCAAACUGUUUACUUUGUCUGUUGCACAUACAUUAGUGACACCCCAGUGGAUUUCAGUUUUAGGUAGGAAAUUGAAUUUUGCACAGCUUUUAUUGUAUUCAAAAGUAGGAAAUAGAACUUGGGUCUGUUGUUUAAAAUUUAUUGUUGUAAAAUAUUGGACAUACUGUUUAGUCAAGUCAUUUGAAGGCCGAGGAUAUUUACCUUUCCAGAUUGUACAAGUAAUGUUGAGUGAGAGCUUCUUGGUGAUUUUUUGUUUUCCUAUUACAUUCUUGGCAGUUAUGACAGGCAGUGUUAGACAAAAAGAACUGAUAAUUAUUGGUGCCUUUUGGAAGAACAGUUCUUUUGAGAUGGAUUACUGCCUAGACCUGCACAUACACAAAAUCAGCCCUAUAUGGAUUACAGCACUUAGUCAAGAUGUUUCAAUUCUAUAUGUU